UCCGUCACUCUGACGCCGCCGCACCGCUCCAAACCUCGAUGCAAGCGCUCCACUGUCAACUUUUAUCGCUAUUUUUAUUCUGCUAUUGAAGAGGCUUUCCUGCUUUUUUUGUUGGCUUUUGUUUUGCCUUUUUUGCGCCAUCGGACAUCGUAGCCCUGCUGAGUUUUAUUUCUCACGGAGGAAACGAACAAGACAAAGAACUUUCCACUCGUCGAUAUCAGAGUAUCCGGUUAAACACGGACACCACGACGAAUAUAGGACACCAAGUACAUCUGUGGAACUCCAUCAAAUUUCAAAAUUUUCUCCAACUUCAGCCCCCAGACAAAUAUUAGCAUGAUGUCGUAUCUCAAGCAACCACCUUACACAGUCAAUGGACUGAGCUUAACUACUUCCGGAAUGGACCUUUUGCAUCCAUCGGUGGGCUAUCCAGCGACGCCGCGCAAGCAAAGGCGAGAAAGGACUACUUUUACGCGCGCCCAGCUCGACGUUUUGGAGGCGUUGUUCGCCAAAACUCGGUAUCCGGACAUAUUCAUGCGCGAAGAGGUGGCGCUGAAAAUCAACCUCCCUGAGUCCCGUGUACAGGUCUGGUUUAAGAACCGAAGGGCAAAGUGUCGCCAGCAGCAGCAGCAGCAGCAGAACGGGGGCCAGAAUAAGGUGCGACCUGCCAAAAAGAAAAGUUCCCCGACCAGAGAAGUGAGCUCAGAAAGCGGGGCCAGUGGCCAGUUCACACCCCCCACCAGCACCACCACAGUCCCCGCCAUCUCAACUAGUACCGCCCCGGUGUCCAUCUGGAGCCCCGCGUCCAUCUCUCCGCUCUCAGACCCUCUCUCUACCUCUUCCUCCUGCAUGCAGAGGUCCUAUCCCAUGACCUACACCCAAGCCUCGGGGUACAGCCAGGGCUACGCCGGCUCGACGUCCUACUUUAGCGGUAUGGACUGCGGGUCUUACCUCACUCCCAUGCACCACCAGUUGUCAGGCCCCGGCUCGACUCUCAGUCCGAUGAGCACAAACGCGGUCACAAGCCAUCUGAACCAGUCCCCGGCGUCCCUGUCCACCCAGGGCUACGGGACGUCCGGCCUGGGCUUCAACUCCACAGCAGACUGCUUGGAUUAUAAGGACCAAGCGGCUUCGUGGAAGCUGAACUUCAAUGCCGAUUGCUUGGAUUAUAAGGAUCAAACUUCCUCGUGGAAAUUCCAGGUCCUGUGAACAGAGCGAGCAUCUGUCAAAAGUGCACAAACAGUGACGAUACAUCAAACACAGCGCUGCCAUCCCUCAAUAAAAAUACAUGCGUAAAAGACUGGUUAAUGUGUGCCGUCGUCGGCGAGGCAGGGCUCUCAGUGGCCUCGACUUUUUUGGCAUGAUGGUGUUUGGUCCCCCUAGAGGAGAGGUUUAAUUUAUUUUAGCACUGGCAAAGAGAUUUUUCCGUUUCAUUCACAGGUUGUAGCCCCUCAUCUAUGUCUGUCAGUGUGUGCCUCUAUGCGUAAACACCUGUUGGUUAAUCUGAGGACACCUCAGAGCGGACUCUUAAUGAAAAGUAGAUCAAAGCCACGGAACUAAUGUUUAUCCAAGAACAAAACUGCUAGAGAAGCCAAUCUUUUGGUUAAGUGCUUGGGAUGGACAGACCUCCUUUAAGCUUCUUACACAACUUUGCCGACCUGCUGGCAGAGAGACACGUGAUGAGGAUGGUGUGUGGACAUGGAUGCACUACUUUAUUUAAGAAAAAGUGUUUAUAAGGAAUCAAUAUGUAGUUUCUAAGAGACAAUCAGUGUGUGUCUUAUAUAAAUGGUACAUAUGUGUUUUUUAUCUGUGCUAGCCUUCGAAACUGUGAUCUGUUGUAUUGUAUGCAAUUUGUGAGCCCCCCUCGCAUCAGACUCUCUGCUGUGAUUUUAAUAGAUUUCUAACUUUUUUGAACAACAAAAGAUGCUAAUGGUAAAAAUGAUUAGCAUUACAAAGAGAGACAAGACGUUCCAAGCACAUGGUAGUUAUAAUCAAGGGUUAGCCAUACUGGAAAAGACUCUCGGCUGCUGAGAGCUCCACACUUGCUCCCCUCCAUUGAUCUCAACACACGGUGAUUAUGGAUCCUCUCUGGCUCCAAAGAUGGUGUGACCCCACCGCUGAAAAGACAUGAAUAAAGGUCCU